AUGGAACACCACAAAUUGAGUCCGGAUAGUGAAUCUGGGGUUAGGCCAGAACUAGAGAAUUUAACAGUUAAAGAGAUUAAUUUGGAAGAUGAAGGGGAGGAGGGAGAGGAAGAGGAGGAGGAGGAGGAGGAGGAGGGGGAGGAGGAAGAUGAUGAGGAAGUAUCUAAGCAUAUAAGUGAGCAGAGAUCUGAAGAGCCAAUGUGCCUAAAUGGACUCAAGGUUAAUGUUACUCGGAAUUUUGUCUCAGAAAAGCAAAAUAAUAUUGGAGAAAAGAACAUUAGUGGCUCUAAGAACAAUAACAAGUCUAUUAAGUCUAACAAAAGUAGAGCUAAUAAUGACAAAUUGGAAGAUCAUUAUCAACGGCAUAUUGUAGAAGAAGAUAAAAAAAGCAAAAAGAAAGAGGAUUUUAAUGAUGAUUACACAUAUAAUAACAGGUUAUCCGACCCAGCAAAGGAAGCUUUGGAACCUUCCAACACAACUAAUAACUCUAGUAAAACGAUUAAUCAAAAUCAAAAUCAAUUCCAAUGUGAUCAGCAAAAUCUCCGGAAUUGUCAUGUUCCAGAAAGUCUUGAAAGGCAGGACCAAAAUAAUACAGUUUUUGAAAAUCCAAAGAAUCAAGAUGAUGGGUCAUCACCAUUAAUAAAAGGAGGUGUUGAUGGCCCUGCCUUGGUUGGCCAUGGAUCUUUAAGCAACUCUAAAAUGACAUAUGAAGAGUCUGGGCGUGACAUUGUCCAAGACGAUAACUCAAUUUCACUUAAAGGAAUAGUCCGAACAUCAGAAUCCGAUAGACUUAACCACCGUCUUUGUAAAGCUGUAAAUGCAGCAUCCCACGCUGGAAGUAGUGGCAAUAUUGAUCCAAUUGUAUUUUGCACACCACAUAACUUUGGAACUGGUUAUUUUACAGUUCCUAAUGCUUAUCCUGCCCCCAAUGUCGAGAUAAAGCUGUUUGUGGGUAGGGUUCCAAGAAAUAUUGAGGAAGAUGAUCUCCGGGAUCUAUUUAAGUUGUAUGGCCGAGUUGUAAAUGUGUCCGUGAUCCGAGAAAAGAGUACUGGAAUCCAUAGAGGAGCAGCUUUAGUUACUAUGGAAUCAGUUGCACAGGCGGAUUUUGCUAUUCGCGAACUCAAUUCUAUUAAAGUUUUAGACGAACUAAGAGGACCUCUAAAAGUACAAUACUCCACUGGUGAACCUGAAAGGUUGGGGUUCGAAAGUGAAUCUUGUAUUCCAGGAGUCGAUCAAGUUAAAUUGUUUGUCGGAGCUCUCCCCAAAAAUAUUACAGAAGAAGAGAUUAAGGAAUUGUUUUCUCCAUAUGGUUUAAUCAAUGAAAUCUUCAUCAUGAGGGAGCCUCAUUCCGGAAUGGGAAAAGGUUGUGCCUUUGUUAAAUAUGCUUUUAAAGAACAGGGACUAUUUGCUAUCAAGUCUCUGCAUGGGGCCUUAACUCUUACAGAUGUUAAUAGGCCCAUUGAAGUCCGUUUUGCAUCUAAAAAUCACCAAUCUUCAAACAGCUCAUUAAUGGCUCAUGGGGCUCAUUUAUCUUUUGGAGCAGCAGCUCUCAACUUUAAUGGUCAUUUUAACUUUGCACAUCACCCAAUGCAAAAACUCCAUUCUCCCAGAAUAGUUGGAGCAGGUAGUAACGUCAAUAAUGUUUUGUGUAAUGCUAGCACAUUAGCUUCUUCAACCUCACCAAUGUCUCAACAAGCCUCUAGCAGCUCAAAGCCUUCAGUUGGAAUCGGAGGAUCAGCUUACCAAUUUCAUAACCAUCAUUCAGGGCAACAUUUUAUUGGAUGUAACUCAAAAGGUUUAUCGCAAAGUUCAGGUCAUCAUCCAUUAGCUGAACAGUUGCACAUUGGCUCAUUCACUGGGGGAGCCAAUACCGUACAAACAGGCCAUCACCAUCCUUCGUGCGGAAGAGCAAUUACACUUUUUGAUCAUAAUGGGGUGGCCGUAGCAACAACCACUUCCACAGCUGCAAUGUUCUCUCGUUCACGUGCUGUUGGACUUUCAAUGCCAACCUCUACUACUAGUGCCACGGCUGCAGCUGCCAUUACUGCCAAUUUAAUGCCAAGAUGUAUUGGUAUGUGGAAAGAAUACUUUACUUCUGAUGGUAAACCAUAUUACCAUAAUGAAUUAACGCAGGUAACGCAAUGGGAGAUUCCUCCAGAAUUUUUGAGCUUUCGUCCAAGUUUUUCCAGAGAAGUUGUUGGUCCACCUGGAGCCAACAUCUUCAUUUUUAAUGUUCCAUAUGAGUGGGAUAAGAAGAGUCUUGUUGGACUUUUUUGCCGUUUUGGCAACAUCUUAUCCGCUCAUCUUAUGGUAGACAAGACCAGUGGCCGGAAUAAGGGAGUGGCAUUUGUCUCCUAUGAUAAUGUUCACUCUGCGGCUGAGGCUGUUAACCAUAUGAAUGGGUUCAUUACAGAACAAGGAAGAAAACUCAAAGUUUCCAUAAAACAAGGCCAAGAACACUUCGUACAGCAUUUAUUAAAAAAUAACUUGCCUCAGGGAGGAUAUGGCCAAAUGGGUUAUAUGGAGAGCUCUCAAAAUAAUAUUAUUCAGAAUGAUUCAAUUACCAACACCAUUCCCCAAAAUUGUAAUAAUGAUAAUAAUGAUAAUAAUAAUAUUAAUAAUAAUAAUAAUAUUAAUAAUAAUAAUAAUAAUAAUAAUGAUGUUAAUGUUAAUAGUAACAAUAGUAGUAAUAGCAAUGAUAGCAACCACAACUCCAGUUCUGGACCAUCCUCUUAA